AAAUUGUUCAUUAACACAGACAGGUAGAGGUGGAAACAACACUCAUUUAACUCUAGGAACGCAUUAGUUUCAGCAGGAUUUACCUGGGGGAUCAAUCACUGCUGGCAGUUGAGACAAAAAGUCCUCGUUUUCGGCUCAAGAGAGAUCCUUUCUGGAGGCAGCAUGUCCAAUUUUACCUCAAGAAAAAUGUCUCCCACAGGAAAUGGUAUAAAGAGUACCACUCAGGGGACCACACUGAGACAACAGGGUUUUCAUGAGGUGAACAAAAGAAGGACUUUCUUACAGGACAACAGCUGGAUAAAGAAACGUCCUGAAGAAGAAAAAGAUGAAAAUUAUGGUAGGGUGGUGCUCAACCGACACAACUCCCAUGAUGCCUUGGACAGGAAAGCAAAUGAGAGAGAUGAGCCAAAGGCUACGAUUAGUCGGUAUAGAUCUGAUGACACUUUAGACAGGAUCUCAGACAGAAAUGAUGCCACUAAAACAUAUAAGACCAAUACCGUGGACAACCGACUAACCAAUAGAAACACGUCCACAUUUAGAUCACCAGAAGCAGCAAAGACGCAACCUGGAAGUUUGUUCAGUGCGAACAGCACCAGCAUCCCAGCUCCUACUUCUGCUACAACUCCUGUAAAGAAAAAGAGACAGUCCUGGUUUCCACCACCUCCUCCUGGUUACAGUGCCACCCCAAGCACGGGAGCAAACAGAAGGGAACCAACUGUUCACCCUCCAAUACCUCCAAAGCCCAGUUCUCCUGUUUCAUCUCCUAACCAGCUGAGAUGGGAGAACAGGCAGAUUUGUCCAACUAAACCAGGUGUACAUACAGAAACCAACAGAUCCACUGAAAAAAGUAUAAGGACUCAGGAUCUCGAGAAUAUCGUUAAAGUGGCCACUUCACUUCAGAAAACUAACAAGGGUGAAGAAUUGGAUAACCUCAUAAAAAUGAAGAAAAGUUUGAAUAGAAAUCAAGGUCUUGAUGGUCUCUUCAGAGCAAAUCGUAGGGCAGAGCAAACAGAGAAAAGAGCCAAAAGCCUUGAAAAUCUCAUUUUUAUGAAUACUCGAACAGACAAAGAUGGCAAAGGAAGCCAAGAUCUCGAAACGAUUAUCAAAGUGAAUGCUAGGAGAGAUAAAACUAGGAGAGGAGGUGAAGACCUUGAUAAUCUUAUCAGAGCAAAUCCCAAAGGAAGUGAAAAUGCUACUGGAAAACAAGACCUUGCUGGAUUUAUUAAAGUGAAUCCUGAAACAAAUAAAAAUAUCAAGAGGGGCCAGAGCCUUGACAAUCUUAUUCAAGUGACUCCUGAAGGAAACAGAAGUAACACAGGUUCCAAAGACCUUGAUAACCUCAUCAAAGUGGUUCCACAAACAGGAAAAAGUGUGCAAGGGGGCCAAAGUCUUGACAGCCUCAUCCAAGUAGCUCCUGAAACAAACAGAACUAACCAAAGCAGGAAAGAAGGUCUAGAUGAACUUAUUAAUAUAAGCCCCAAAGCUGUCAAAAACAUGGCUGGAAAUCAAGAUCUUGAUAAGCUCAUCAGAGUGAAUCCUGAAACUCUCACCAGCAACCAGAGAAACCAGGAUCUGGAUAACCUCAUCAAAGUGAAACCUGCAGUGACCAGAAGCAGUCAGAGUGAAGGCUUGGACAAUCUCAUUAAAGUGAAAUCUUCAGCUCUCCGAGACACUGAGCGAGACCAAGACCUGAAAAAUGUAAUUGAAAUAAAUUCUAAUGUGCCUAAAAAUAAAAAUGAAAGGGUAGAUGGCCAAGUCGUUGGAUCCACUGAUGCUUUAAAUAACCAGCUUACUAGAACUCCUGCCCAUUCUUAUGAAGCCAGGAAGAAUCUCAGCUUCAAUGCUGAAACCAGGCAUGCAGGACCAAAGGAUACCUUUGUGUAUACAAGGACAUAUGUGGAGAACAGUAAAUCACUGAAGGAUGGAUAUCAGGAGAAUAUCUCUGGAAAAUACAUACAAACUGUUUAUUCGACUUCAGAUAGGUCUGUCAUUGAAAGAGAUAUGUGUACUUAUUGCCGGAAACCUUUGGGUAUAGAAACUAAAAUGAUUUUAGAUGAAUUACAAAUUUGCUGCCAUUCCACUUGCUUCAAGUGUGAAAUAUGCAAACGGCCUUUGGAAAACCUGCAAGCAGGUGACAGUAUUUGGAUUUACAGACAGACAAUACACUGUGAACCUUGCUACUCUAAAGUUAUGGCAAAGUGGAUUCAAUAAUUCUGGCACAUGGAAAUCAAGAUAAAAGCAUUCAUUAGGAAAUUAAAAUUUUAUUUUAAGAAUAUGUAAUCUAGAAAAGCUUUUACACUGAAGAUUGAGUCUUAUAUAGAAUUAACAAUUCUAUUGCAUAAGUAAUCUAAUUGCCUUAAAUAAGGUCAUAUACAUAAAGGAAACCAUCUGGUAUCUGGCUAGAUUUAGCUAUGAAAAAUUCAAGUGGUUCCAGUCACCAAUGUCAAAGGAAUUAUGCUUCUGAUGGCAGUGAGCUAUGUCAACCUUAUCUAGUUCCAUCUCUGUUCUUUAUUGGGCUGUGCAUUGUAGUUGCCAUUAUAGACAAGUUUCCUUUUUUCUCAUCUUUGUUUCUGUAAGGAUUUGGAUUUACAGACAUUAUUGACACCCUGACAAACUGUCAAAAAAAAGCAAGAUAUGUUUCUUUUGUGUAUAAAAGAAAUGUUGAUGUUAUCUUUCAAUUUACCACAGUUGUAAUUUUUAUAGAAUGUUUUAAAAACAAAAACAUGGAUUUAUGGGUAAUGGGUAAAAUCACAUGACUUGUGUAGUUUACGUAUUAAAAUUGCUAAAUUUUCUUUGCAUGCAUUUCAAAAUCCAAGUAUAUGCAUAAUCUCUGAGAAAUAAUGGUUGUGGAUUAUAAAGACAUAUGCUUUUUGCUUGUUGCAUCUACUCAUAUUACGUAGCACUUUAUGGUCACAGACAGCUUAUAAAUAAAAAUGAAAUGAACUACCAGUUACAUAGAA